AUGGCGUCUGAGACGCACCUGCGCACGCAGUAUGAGUCGCUGGCAAAGGAGAACAAACUGCUCCGGACGAACGUGGAGAAGCUGGACAAGGAGAACCACGACCUCAAGCGCUCGGUGUACGAGCUCACCCUCAAACUCGACUCGGUGCACGCGCCGUCUUCCUUGACCCGCGCUGCGGCCGCAGAGCCCUUUGCCCUGGCGAAUCUCCUAGCAGCUCCAGCUUCUCCGGCCACAGCAGAGUCGUCGUCGUUCCGUCGGACGCACGGCAGCUCUGGAGGGCCGCUUUUGGGUGCAAAAGGAGAGCUGUACGACACGGACUCGGACGGAGAUGCUCGUGUGCUAGUGCACAAGUCGACGCUGCGGGCCCACGCAGGAGCGGUGUACACGGCCAAGUUCUCGCCUUGCGGGCGGCUCUUGGCGUCCGGCGGGUUCGACUGCAAAGUGAUGCUCUGGGACGUGACGACCAAGUUCAAUCAGUCGCAGCUGGCGGCGCUUUCGAGCCACACGCAGCUCGUGAUUGACGUGAGCUGGGCAGAGGACAGCGCGACGCUCGUGUCGGCUAGUUACGACCACUCGGUGAAGCUCUGGGACGUGGAGAAGAACCAGCUGCUCACGAGCCACGAGGUGGAAGGUCUCGUCCAGUGUGUGGCGUUCAAUAUGGCUGACAACAACCAGUUCUUCUUGGGAACCAGCAAGUGCUGUCUGCACAUGGCAGACGCACGCUCCGACGUCUAUCGCACGUGGUCGAACGACGCCAUGGUGAACGCAGUGCACGUUUCGCAUGACGGCCUUACCAUCACAACGGGCGACAGCAAGGGUAUGUUGAAGUUCUGGGACGUCCGGAUGGAUACGUGUCUGGAAGAGUUGUCGGUGCUGAAUGACCCAGCCAAACACGCCAUUUCGCACAUUCACGCAUCGCCAGCCAGUGACGGUGGGGACGAUGGGCGAUUCCUUGGCGUCAACAGCUAUGACAAUGUCUUGCGUGUGUACGAUCGACGCUCUAAGCUUAUUAGCUCUCGCGGUUCGAGACGCGGGGCUGCUGGAGGCAACGACGUUCGUGAUGACCAGCUACAGCUAGUGCGCUCAGUGUCGGGUCAUAAGAACAAAAACUGGCCUAUCAAGAGCUCGUUCUUCCGUGGAGAUGGCUACAAGUACAAGCUGGCGCUGCCGCCUCGAGGGAGACUUGAAGGUAGCUUGGGUGGCACGUUGGGCACUAGCUUGCGGCACAAAUUCGCGGAUAGUGACGCAGAGGAUUUUGUAGACCCGAGCGAAGAGCGUGGAUCUCUGAGCUCUUCGGAUGAAAGGCUGCUACUUGCCACUGGAAGUGCCGACCAUCAUAUAUAUCUACACGAUGUGACACCGUCAAAGCACGCUAUCGACGCCAGCGGUUCGGGUAAACACGCGCAAACUGUAGUGCAGAAGAUCGAUGGCCACUCUGACCGCGUGUACUGCGUGGAUUUUCACCCCACCGAGCCUAUUCUGGCUUCUGCGUCAGCAGAUUGCUCGAUAAAGAUAUGGCUUCCGCGCUCUGGAUCUAGCUCCGCCUCGCGUCUCGCAAAGGCCAAGAAUUAG